CCCUCCACAGCUCCACAGCACCCUGGGGCAGCUGCCGCUACUCAGUGCCUUGUUGGCAGAGCUGUCAGUGCUUGCCCACAGUGCUGUACCUCCUCCUGUCCACCCCCACCCAGCCUGGCUCUACCAGGCUCCGGGGAGCAGUGGCAUGGCCUCACAGCCCCCCAGGCACUCCUCUGCCCUCCAGCCUUCAGAGGCACCUGUGGGGCCUGGUGGGAACAGUGGAGCUGGCAGCCCUCAAUUCAAGCAAGGCUGGCAAGAAGCCUCCUCACCAGGAUCUCCUCGGGCUGGGAGAGGACCUAAGAAAGCUGUGCCCCAGGGAGAGACAAGCUCUGAACAGAACUGCAAAACUAAGGAAAACAGACCUCCCAGAAGGAAAUUGUUGUAUGGACUGACAAAAACACUGAGACUACGGCUGCAGCAGACCAACCGCAAUAAGCUGAUAAUUCAUGAAAGGAGAGAGCAGUACAGAAAAAAGCAAAUGGAGAUGCUGAAGGAGAGAAACCCUUUAUCCAAAAGAAAACUGCUCAGAAAUGCUGGAGAACAGCAUGUGGUUUCUCACAGGCAUUGUAGCAAGGGAGACUGUUCAAAGCAGAGUAGUCACUUUGAUAAAAGUGUUGAGACUUUGUUACGAAACAGCCUUCUCACAGAACACAGUUCUUUCACAGAAGAUGUGUCCGCUCACCUGCAGAAAAAGGCUAUUACAAGUCUCCUGAAGAGUGAUGAAAUCGCAAGCCAGGACCAUCCAUGCAAAGUAACUACAUCCCCCUUGCAGGAGGAAACUGUAUUAAAAUCUGCUCACAAGGGGAAGUAUGUGAAAGCCCAGCUCCCAGCAGCUUUCCCCUCAGAUGCUAAUGCAAAUGGAAGUAAUGAGGAAGCAGUACAUUUAAUCCAUCACAAAACCAUGGAGCAUGAUGAUGCAUCUGUUGUAAGUGAUCAAAAACCAAGCCCCAGCAGGAGCGUUGAAAACGGCUCAGAAUUCGUAUACUCGGAUGACUUUGUUGCUAGUCCUGAGAACACAGUUUAUUCAGAAGAUUUCACCAGUGCUGAGUGUACAGACAAAGACUUGGAAGCUCUUGACUCUAGUCCUGAACCUCUGUGUCUUGAAAGCCCAAAGCCAGGUUGGUCAGAUACAGAGCCAGAAUCCAGUAGGUCCAGAAUUUCAAAGACUGAAAGACCUGAAAGUACCUCAGAUUUUCUGCCAGUUCCUUCAGCUUCAUCUCCAGUCCAGUCUUUGAAGAGAAACUGUGACUUAAAAUCCAUCAAGAGUGAAUCUGUUGAUUCACUUAACCUUGCUCGAAUGGAGACAUCAUUAUUAGGUGAAGAACAGGAACCACAACAGUUCAGUAUCUCCAUGGAGAAGCAAACAAGUGAACCUGUAGGAAAGAGGCCAACAUCUGAAGGAAAAAGCCAGUCAGUAACUCAGGUUAGCUCUUCCCUGCGAUCUAACAUGUCUGAUCUUGAACUUAGUGUCCUGGAAAACAGUAUGUCAGAGAAAGAGGAUGAUUUUCUGGGAAAACUACACGUUCCUAAUCAAUACAAAGACAUCAGUGAACUUGUAAUAAGUAAGCUUCCAGGAUACACGAUGUAA